AUGCCGGACUUCUGGGAUCUUCCGCGCAACGUGCGCGACAAGAUCUACCGCAUGCACCUCGUGCACGAUGAGGCCAUCGAUUCGGAAAAGCAUUACGACAUGUGCCGCGUCUACUACCCGCCGUACUCCUCGGAGUACAUGCCUGCAUUGCUACGCUUGUCUGACAGGGCGGAUCGUGAGGCAGCACCGAUAUACUUCGGCGAGAAUUGCUUCAAAUUCCCCAGCUUGAGCACUGGUAACAUCAUGUUCUCGCUGGACAAACGUCACGCGCGUCUCGUCAAGAGAAUUGAUUGUGACUGGGAUCCUGCGGCCACGUUGACCGGCUUUUUCUUCGAUCAGAUCGCGAGCAUCAAAGGUCUCCAAGAGCUCAAUUUGAGGGUGGACGAGCAGGCGAUGGUUCACAGCGCUCUGUGUAAGCGAGACAUUCGACAGCGUUACCGCCUCAAAGAUACGUUUUCCGCUCAAGAACAGCUUGCCAUAUACCGCUUUCCCGGUAUGUGCAGCCUGGUGUCUCUGCGCGGUAUUCCGACUGUGAACUUCAUGAAACGCACAAACCCUGCAGAUAAGACGAAGGAUUUUGGAGGUCCAAUCCCAGGAGGAGUCCUCUUGACGCAAGUUGCUCCCCUGAUCGCAAGACCUGCAGUCAAGGCGAAAACCAAGAAGGCCUCGAAGGGCAAGCGUAAUACGAAAAAGAGAAGCAACGAUUCGUACUUCGAUUUUCUAAGUCUUCCUCCUGAGCUUCGCAAUCGAAUUUACGACCUACUUUUGCGCAUCGACGGACCCAUUCACCCGUCCAAGAAGCCGCCGAGCACCAAACCAAAAUCGUGCAGCUCCACGCAAGGAUACGAAUCUGCGCUGUCUUUGCUCGGCGUGAACAAGCAGAUACGCGAUGAGGCUGUUGGCAUAUACUAUGCCAAUCCUCUGGUCUUCUACUAUCCGACGCAGUUCCACGCGUUCAUGGUGGACCUCGGCGUUUUGCGUCGUAGUGUCAUCACUGAUGUUACCAUUCACUAUGACAACACAAAACGUGGCGGCAUCGACCUGGUCGACCUUUCCUUCCCACUUCUUCGAGACCUGACGGGGCUGAAGAGGCUCCAAAUUACCAUGCAGAACACACUAUUCAACAAGAUCUACAUUCGGGGAUGGAUGAACCGUUGGAGAAUGGAUAACGCAAACCCAAGCUGCAUUCCUGGCAUGAAGAUGCUUUUCAGCCUGCGCGGCAUCGUCGACAUCAAAGUCCGAGACAUAGAACUGGAGGAGGCAUACCAGAAGGCGGUCGAAGAUAAAGUGUAUCCCAACUUCGAUCCGCACUCUCGCAGCUACCAUGUUCUGAAACUCACUGCUGCUCUGAGCCACUUCAAUGAGGCCCUGAAGCUUGCACAGAAAGGCGCCAUCAAUGAGGAGCUACUCCAAGACAACAAGUGGCACACCUGGGAUGACUUUCCAGAACUCCCAGAGGAAGAGGAGUCCGAUGAAGAAGACGAGGCAGACGAAGACGAAAGCAUGGACGAGCAGCAGGACGUCACCAAUCAUGUCGAGGCUGGACCGAGUGACGGAAACAACAUGCCAAUCAUCAUUGCACCUGGCCAUGCCCCUGCACCAGGACCCAGACGAUCUGCUCGUCUUUCCGCCAAAGCCGCCGAAGUGAUUUCCGCGCAGGAGGAUGAUGCAGAGGAUAUGGAAGUUGAUAAUUACGACGGUGGUCGUGGCGCCAGUCCUGAACUCUGA